CUCGAGAUCCACUCGCGCAAGUCGCAGUCCCACCGCACCAAGGUCGCGGACGCGUUCCGCGACGCCACCGGCGGCUGCUGCCUCUUCACGUCCGACGUGUCCGCGCGCGGCAUGGACUACCCGGACGUGACGCGCGUCGUCCAGUUCGGCGCGCCGGCGGACGCCGCCCAGUACGUGCACCGCCUCGGCCGCACGGCCCGCGCGGGCAAGGAGGGCUCGGGGUGCCUGUUGCUCUCGGACUUCGAGGCCUACUUCCUCGAGGACAAGGCCAUCAAGGCGCUCCCCAUCGCCAUGCAGCGGCCCCUCGUCGCCGGCGACGCCACGGGCGCCGUGCUCGGCCGCGUCGACGCCGCGCUCAUGGGCGCCGCGCGCGCGCUGCCGCCGGAGACGUGCGGCGCGGCCUACCAGGCGUGGCUGGGCUUCUACAACUCGUCGCUCCGCCGGCUCCGCUGGGACAAGGACGACCUCGUCGCCGAGGCCAACGACUGGGCCAAGGAGAUCCUCGGCAUGGCCGAGCCGCCCCAGCUCCAGGCGAAGACCGUGGGCAAGAUGGGCCUCAAGGGCGUCCGCGGCCUCAACGUCGCCAAGGGGCCGAGCGGCGGCGGCGGCGGCGGCAAGGGCAAGGGCGGCGGCGGCCGCGGCGGCGGCGGCGGCCGCGGCGGCGGCGGCAAAGGCAGCCGCUGGUAG